AUGACAAAAUCUAAUCCAUCGAAUUCUGAUCUCACUACUCCUACUUUUGUGAUUGACUCUUCUCGAGGAUGCAAAAGAGUGAGUGGUCCUACCAGAAAGUCAACAAAAGGAGGAUGGACUCCUGAAACGGACAAACUUUUGAUGAAUGCUGUGUGUAAGUACAAGGGGAAGCACUGGAAAAAGAUAGCUGAUCGUGUUCCCGGGAGGAAAGACAAGAAGAGAGAUGUUCAGUGUCAACACCGUUGGCAAAAAGUUCUUAAUCCAAAUCUCAACAAAGGACCUUGGAGCAAAGAGGAAGAUGAUCUCUUAAGUGAAUUAGUUAAGGUUAAUAUCGAGAAUGAUAAGCCUAAAUGGUCUAAAAUUUCAAAGCAACUCCCUGGUCGCAUUGGCAAACAAUGCCGUGGAAGGUGGCACAACCAUUUAAAUCCGACUAUAAAAAAAACUCCAUGGAGUAGAGAAGAGGAAUUGAUCCUCGUCAACGCACAAAUGGAACAUGGCAAUAAGUGGACCGAGAUCGCCAAGCUCUUGCCUGGAAGGUAUGUCCUAAACAAACUAAGACAAGACGGAGAAUAA